AUGACUGGAUUUGACUGGCUGGAGGACAUAGGUAUGUCAGGACUAUCACUUGACAACACAGCUAUGGCUUCUCUGGUUAACGGUGACGACGAAACUGGAGGCGAUAGCCUUUGGCUUCCUACAACGCUCAACUCGCACGAAUACAUUGACCAGAUGCCUGAGCAUGGCGAUGUUAGCUCGGACGCACAUAUGUCAUACGGUGCUGAGGAAUAUGGCAUCCAUGCCCCUGGAUGUGUACAAUCUUAUGUCUUGGGACCCUCGACACCCGUCGAACCAGGCUACUGCUGCCGGACCAAUAUGUAUCGGGAUCAGUGGACGCCCUCAGAACUACCUCCGAUUCCACGCUCGAUGCCCAGGAGACGACUGAGCAUCCAAGCUGAUACCAACGACACAAUGCAGACGGUCAGCAAUGAGUGUCCCUCCACAGUCAGCGAUGACGCUUUCUCCGCAACCAGUUCCAUGACUCUCCAAGGUGGUGAAAUGUCACAGUUGCAAAGCGAUGAGAAAAGUGGCGGCGAUCACGGCGACACGGACGAUCGUCGCCAAGCUCUGUACGGGCAGGAACAAGAACUCUUACAGGAUUUCAUCAACCUGGGCGAGACCUUGCAACAACUUGAGAUCUCAAUUGAUGCCUUUUACCUCGAAGGACAUGAUGCCACAAGCCUGCCUACCUUGGUGCACAACAUAUGCUGCAUGAACACCGAAUUACAAAACAGCUUCAAUUCCUUGCAUCUCAAAUUAUGCGCGUUGCAUGAAGAAGCUGCACAGCUUGGUGUUACAGUGAAGGCGGCUAACAAAAAAGCCUGGAACUUGAAGACCGGCAUUAGGGAUAUGGAUUUGAAUACCUUGCUAACCGAUCUGGAGCCUUACCGAAUCUUCUAUUCUCAAUCAGAAGCAAUGUAUACUCCGAUCCAAGUUCCGUUGCAACAAGAGUCGCUUCAUCAGUACUCGCAUGUCCGCUCGGCAUACGAAGUUCCGAUGGAAGAGCAUCCUUCAUACUCGCACGGAGGAGAUUACUUACGGGCUUCGUUCUAUCCAGAUGAUACAUCGCAUUCUCCAGCCGCCGAUAUGCAUGUCGUGCCACCUCGGCAUGCAGGCUGGCAUGGUCCAAGCGUGGAUCAUGCCUCUGACCACUAG